UCUCUUCAGUAAAAGCACGCGAGAUUAUAUUAUAGCUCUACUCGUGGACCACAUUUAACAUGUACCAUUUAUUUCCUGUAGAUUGUAAGUGAAUUCUUUAGCUGUCGUAUUAUACCAUCGCCUUUAACUUAACCACUUUAGGCGAGUUUCACCAUUGAAAUAAAACAUUCAUACGGUGCAGUUGCUGUUAUUCUGACUUUCUCAAGCAAACCAUUGCGUAAUAAUUACAGCGGCCCUUCUGAACUUAAUUUGUUGUUUGCCCAAAAUUCAACUGACCGCUGCUCCUUAAAUUGCUCAACCUUCAAAGUAAAAUCAUAGUUAAAAUCGAAGUUUCAUCAAACAGUCGAUCGCAAUCUCACAAAGUCGCUGUCAAAAUCUGAAAUUUCUUCAUGUUGUUCAACUGACCUCUGAUUUCUUGUAACUAUUAAUUCACAGUUUUACGUCUUUUCCAAGCAAAGAUCGCGUUCUUUUCACGUCUUGAGCUUUGUGAUUCUCAAAUAUUGAAGCAAAAAUGAGCUCAAGUUAAUUAAUUUCCCGCCGCCGCUUAGAUUUAUCCGGCUGAAUUAUUUUCACAAGAACCGCCAAUUAACUUUCAAGUUCAACUCACCUUCCUGGAAUCGAUUCGAGACCAAGAAUCCGCAUAAACGCUAUCAUAGCUAUCCGGGAUUUCCUGUAGAACUGGGUCUGAAUCGAUAUUUUUCUUGCUUUGAAAAUAUUUGCCAAUACUCAUAUUUUGUCCAAGAUUUUGUGAAAGCUCGAAUUGAAGUCAUUAUUUGUAUGUUCAAUUUUAUCGACUUUCAAUUAACUAGAAUUGUUACAACAAAGUUUAUCAUAACUAAUGAUUCCACAGUUUGGCAAUUUACUUAAAACCAAAUCACCCAUCAAACUUCUUCUGAGUUACUGUUAUUACUACUAUCACUGUUUUAAUGUCGGAGAACAUUGCCAUGUCAUGCGUUGAAAUGUCCCCCAACCAACACCGUCUCAAUUCGUUACCCAAAACUCCUAAUUUCAAUGUCGAUUCAUCCAAUAUUAUAGCAUCGCAAUCGAACAACAUUGAUGUCACCUCCCGAAAAGCCCCUCAAAGCAGUCCGAAGUCACUCUUCUUCCCCCUCACCGUGCCCAAGCCUCCGAAAAGAAGGCCAAGCGAAGGGGGUUUCAAUUUGAGUAAAGGAUCAGUUACAUCACCCUUACGUUUCAAGAAACAACCAGCAACGAAUGGAAGUCACGUGAUAAUGGGAUCUACUGGAAAUAGUAGCCCAGUAAGCUUGAAGGCGCCCUCGGUGGCCAACCACAUUCCCUCGGACCCGAAUCAGAUCUGUCGGGUUUGCGACGGCCGUGCCUCUGGUCUGCAUUUUGGCGAGUACACGUGUGAGUCAUGCAAACUGUUCUUCCUUCGGCAGACGAAGCAGGACAAUCAGAGGUCGGUUUGUCCUCUGUCGUGGAAUUGCGAUAUCAGUCAUCACGUGAAAUCAAAAUGCAGAGCGUGCAGGUUCAAAAAAUGCUGUGAAGUGGGAAUGUCAAAAGACAGAGUAGUGUACGGACGAAAUGCAAGAGCCAAACCCUCAACGACCGCAAUUAAUAACACGCUGCACACUCUUGCAUCCCGAAAAAUACCCACGGAGCUGUCUGCUGUCGGCGCAAUAAGCGACCCCUGUAGGAGGGUUGUUACUUCUCUGAGUCACCAAUUGACGUCAGGCAUGAACACCACAGCGGUGCUGGAGGGAUCUCGUCCUCAUGACAGCAUGGACGAUUUCAUUACGACUGCGCAAAACUCACCCAUGCGAGUGCAAUCAACAACGAAAUCCCUGAGUCUCAAAAGAGACCAUCAACAUAUGGGUGACUCACUGGGACCACCGAAACAGAAUUUGAAUCAAGGAGCCUCAAACGACAUCUCGCCCGCACCCCACAUUGCUGCUCCUGUUGCCAACAAUUUCAUAUUCGAUAGUGACGAGACAGACGAUCCAGAUCUGUUUGGAGCUCCUGGAAGUAAAUCAAAUCAAUCGGCAGUCCCUUUAAAAAUGGAGUCUGACUUUCCUGGUCAGAAUCCUCCGCAGUUUUGCAAACUUGCCGCCGAACGGCAAAGCAACUCUUCUCAAUCAUCGCCUAACUACCAUCAGAACCAGCUAUCCCCAAUUGAAACUUCGCAAUCGCCAACAAACCGCAGUUCAAAUCAUGCACCAAACUGUAUUUCACCUCAAGGUAGUUUUCAAAGUAACUCAUCAAGCAACGGAUGCACCGAUGAGUUACAAGAGCAGUUUGGACCCCCCAGCAAAAUUUUAAAAUCGAACAGAGCAAAGCAGAGUGACGGAGACAGAGACAGUUCGGGUAGUGAAAGCAAUGAUCAAAUCGAAUGUUGGAGUGUGAUAGCUCCGAGAAGCGAGUCAUCGAGGUCAACGACCUCAGGAAGAAUCAUUGAUCUCCACAUAGACCACUAUGGAGGAAUGUCUUCCAGCCAUCAUCAUAUCAGCCAGAGCAGUUACAUAAAUAACCAACUAUUAGUACAGCGUGCGGUAAUGAGCUCGUUGGGCCAACACUUUUCGCCAGCUCAAUCGCAAAAUUUUCCAUCCAACGGAACAGGAGCACCUUCAAAUUUGGUGCACGGCAGUUUUAUUAUGAGGUCAAACUCGUCAGGAACUGAAAACAACUCGUGCAUCUCGGGAAACUCCUCGGGUUCAGAAUCGUCCGAUGACCGAAGUAUUGAGUUCACGGGGCCGGAGGGCUACAUGCGGAACAACCUGAUUAACCCUCGUCUACCUUUUUCCACUCACUCGGCCAGUCAAAAUAACGUCUCGGAACUGUGGCUAGAACUGCCUAAUCUGGAGUUCGUGUGCAAGUAUUGCUUCUUAUCGCCUUGCUACUGUUUCGGUGAACGCAAGUCUUAGAAAAACUCAAAUGAAAACCGCUAUUCAUAACUUGAUCAAAUGCAAACACAAACUGAACCGGCCUUUGUACUUAAAGAGAAACAAAGGCGCUAAGUGGUGACAAACUUUUAAAUAUUUCGAUGUUAUUAAAGUGCAAAAAUUUAAAUUAAAAAAAUUGCUGCUGACGAUAAAAUCUUUUCAGAUGAUUUUACAGAUUAUAAUCUAUUGAGUUAAUAUAAUUUGAUUCAGUAUAUAAAUUGUAAUAUAUUAGAGAUCAAU